AUGGGGUUCCCGAAACCUAGCGCCGAGCCUCCGAAGCAGGGGGAGAUGCAAUAUUUCCCGCGGAUGACCACGACCAUCCCGCUCAAGUCGGGCGAAUUCCGGCGAGUGCUGCACACGGGGCUGUACUCGCAACUGGUGCUGAUGGCAGUACCGGUGAGGGGAGACAUAGGCGAAGAAGCCCACCCAGUCGACCACAGCAUGACCUUCACAUCGGGCACCGGGCUCGUGCAGAUGGGCGAGAAGGAGCAAGAAGUCCGGGCGGGCGACAUGGUGGUCGUGCCGGCGGGGACAAAGUACCAGCUCCUCAACAUCGGCUCCACGCCGCUGACGCUGUACACCAUCUACGCGCCGGCCGAGCACGAGCCCACGACGGUGCACCAGUCCAAGGAGGACUUCCUCAAGGCCGUCGAGGAGGGCCGCAACGAGCCGCCGGCAUGGAGCCAAAGGGGCAAAGAGGAGAACGAGAAGGAGGGGAUUGUCAAGACUGAUUAA